UCUCAAUCCACAAUGACUUGCCUUGCCGUGCUCUUCUUUUUCUUUCUGUACUGGGCCUCUUCAAUACCAAGCUCUACAACCCGGAUAAUCACUAUGGCUGCUCCACUGUGGAAGGAUCCCACAACCCUCCAAUAUGUAAUGGAAUUCGAGCACAAGACUCCCCUGCGGAAAGACAGAGUGGUCAUAGAUCUGGCAGGAGACUUCCUGUGGCUCCACUGCAAAACCGCUGCCUACCAAUCCUCCACCUAUCUUUUCGUCCCCUGUCGCACUCCUCUCUGCACGGCCUCUGGAUCUGCCAUCUUCGGCUGCGGAGACUGCUCCAACAUUCCCCCGGGACCAAAAUCAUGCAGAAACGAUACAUGCCAGGAAGUGGUAACGAAUGGAGUGAGAGAGAUCUUUAAUGCAGAACUCUCUCAAGAUACAUUUGCACUGUAUCCCAGCGAUGGAAAGAGGGCAUCCCUGGCCUCCAAAAUAGUCGUUCCCCAAUUCGCUUUUGCCUGCGCCCCGUCCAGUUUGCUGCAGGGCCUGGCAAAGGGGGCGAUGGGAAUGGCGGGACUGAACCGGGGGUGGCUGGCUCUGCCUUUUCAGCUCAAUGUGGCUCUCGAAUUAGAUCGGAAAUUCGGGCUUUGCUUACCAGCCGGUGACGCUCCCGGAGCCGUCUUCUUCGGUGGCCCGCCUUACCUCCGCGGUCCAGACAAGGAAUACCCAUACAUCAAACUGAACUACACCUUCCUCCUCACUCCCAGGUACCCCAGGGAAUAUUACCUUAAUGUUCAGAGCAUCGAGAUCAACGGAAAGAGAUUGCCCAUUGAUGCAGAGCAACUGAAAUUGAAUUUGCAGGGCAGCCGAGGAACUAAGCUGAGCACCGUGGUGACAUACACGCAGGCUGCGACGCCCAUCUACACCGCCAUCCGUGACGGCUUUGUUAGGGAAGCAGAGGAGAUGGGCAUCUCACGCGUGGAGUCCGUUAAGCCUUUUGAUGCCUGCUUCGAUGCCACAACGGUGGGCUCCACUAAAACUGGACCCGCUGUGCCUGUGAUCGAUCUGGUUCUGGAUAACGAGUAUGUAUUUUGGAGGAUUCAUGGGGUCAAUUCUAUGGUUAAUGUAAAGGACGGAGUAAUGUGUCUGGCUUUCGUAGACGCAGGGAAAUACUCCACUGAAUCGAUUUUGGUCGGAAGUCAUCAGUUGCAGGACAAUCUGCUGCAGUUCGACUUGAUAGAGUUUAAGCUCUUUUUCAGCUCAUCGUUGCUCGCCUCCAACACUAAUUGCUCCAACUUCGUCUUUGCUUGACAUUUACACGCCUUACAGCUUCCAAAUAAAUUAACCUCAAGCUUAAUUCGCCUCUGUGAAUGUGAUACCUGCUGAGUACUUCAUGUGUGCAUUUCCUUUAUGG